CAAAAGCAAAAGCAUUCCCAAAUAAACUCCGAAGCUGAAACAAGAGACCAAACUCACACUUUCUCAAAUGGAUAAGAACACUUCUUCUUCUUCUUCUUCAGCUGCUGCUCACGUGCUCAUCAUUCCCUUUCCAGCGCAAGGUCACGUGACUCCGAUGCUAUCACUCGCCAAGCUUAUCUCCUUCUCCGGCGUCUUCACCACCUUCGUCAACACCGAAUCCAUCCACCGCCGUCUCUCCGGAUCCGGCCGCAUCGACGGCCGGAGAUUAAGGUUUCGUGCAGUCCCCGACCUCCUCACCGACGACGGCGGCAACGAACGUGAUUUUGAUUUUCCAAGUAUGUUUUUUAACCUUCAAGAGUCGAUGAGAAGAGGUUCAACAGAGACAUACAAGAAGCUAUUGACUGAGGAGUUCAUCGGCGAGUGGCCGCCGGUGACCUGCGUGAUCGCCGACGGCGUCCUUGAUUUCGCCAUUGAGGUCGCCGGCGAGGUCGGGAUUCCGACGUUGGUUUUCCGGACAAGCAGUCCUUGUUGUGCCUGGACUUAUGCCACAAUCCCAAGCCUCAUCAACAAUGGAAUCAUUCCCUUUCCUGAGGAGUGUGAUAUGGAUGAGAUAGUAAAAGGAGUGGAGGGAAUGGAAGGGAUAAUGAGAAGGAGAGAUCUACCAAGCUUCAUGAGAAUGGUUAAGUCCACUGAAGACAAUCACAUCAAGCUUAUGAAUGGUUUUAACUCCAAUCUGGUUAGUGGCAAGGUUAUUAUCUUCAACUCAUUUGAUGCUCUUGAUCCCACACUACUUCCCAUUAUGAGCUCUUACUGGCCUCCUAUUUUUACUAUCGGUCCUCUUCAUCUACUCACCAAAUUCUGGGUGAAAAAUUCUUGUUCAAGUAGCUUGCGGCAAGAGGACCGUACAUGUAUGACAUGGCUUGAUAAUCAACCUGAUAAAUCUGUUAUCUAUGUUAGCUUUGGCACUGUCGCCGUGAUGUCACCGGAGCAAUAUAUCGAGUUUUGGCACGGUUUGGUUAACAGUGGCCACCGUUUUCUCUGGGCAGUGCGUGAAGAUAUGGUGAAGGGAAAACAAGAAAUGGAAGUGACAAAAGAGAUGGAAGAGGAGACCAAGAAACGAGGUUGCAUGGUAGAGUGGGUGCCCCAAGAGGAGGUAUUAGCACAUCGAGCUGUUGGAUGUUUCUUGACUCAUUGCGGAUGGAACUCAACAUUGGAGGGGAUGGUUGCUGGCGUGCCCAUGAUUUGUUGGCCAUAUUUUUCUGAUCAGAUGAUCAACAGUAGGUUUGUUAGUGAUGUUUGGAGAAUUGGGUUGGACAUGAAGGAUGUGUGUGAUAGGAAUAUUGUGGAGAGAAUGGUGAGGGAGGUUAUGGAAGGAGAGAGUGCUCUUGAAUUGAGAAGCUCUGCUGCAAGAAUGGCGGAUUUGGCGAGAAAGAGCAUCGACGAAAAUGGGACUUCUCGUGCUAAUUUUGAGAGCCUGGUUUCUUACAUCAAGUCUGCAGAGCUGCCGCGCGGUUCAUGAAAUCUUUAAUGACAUUGGUUGUUGUGUUUCGUUGAUCAUUUGCAAACAUUUCAAUAAUCAAUUUCAAACUUGCAAAACAAUUUGUCGAAGUUUGUUAUUUGAAUUCUAUUUGACUCAAUCUGAAGGUUCGCA